UUCUUCUUCGUCUUCUUCUCGCUGUCUACUCUACCGCCAUCGCCUCUAUAUAUACCACCACAAAUCCCCACCUUUUCCCAUUCUCUUGUUCCAUUUGCUUUCUUCUCCAAAGCCCCUUUCUCAGUUCGGGUUCUCAAGGAGAAGAAGAGGAGAAAGGGACGGAGCUGCUCCUCGACAGCUUCGAGGUCGUCGUUGGAAUCGCAGAGCCCUCGUUUUCCAUGGCGGCGUCCUCGACGGCUGCGGGGAACCAUCCGGAGAAGAGGAAGAAGGAGCCCAAACUCCUGCUCGGUCGCUUUGAGGUGGGGAAGCUCCUUGGCGCCGGGACCUUCGCCAAGGUCUACGUCGCCCGCAACAUCAGCACCGACGAGCUUGUGGCGAUCAAGGCCCUGGAUAAGGAGAAGAUCAUCAAGUGCGGGCUCGUCGCGCACAUCAAGCGCGAGAUCGCCAUCCUCCGCCGUGUCCGCCACCCCUACAUCGUGCAACUUUUCGAGGUCAUGGCCACCAAGACUAAGAUCUACUUCGUCAUGGAGUACGUCCGCGGCGGUGAGCUCUUCUCCCGCGUCGCCAAGGGCCGGCUCCGGGAAGACACCGCCCGCCGCUAUUUCCAGCAGCUCAUCUCCGCUGUGGCCUUCUGCCACGCCCGCGGCGUCUUCCACCGCGACCUCAAGCCCGAGAAUCUGCUGGUCGACGAGAACGGCGACCUCAAGGUCUCCGACUUUGGGCUCUCGGCGGUGGCGGAGCAGAGCCGCGGCGGCGACGGCCUGCUGCACACCUUAUGCGGGACGCCGGCGUAUGUCGCGCCCGAAGUGCUGUCGAGGAGGGGCUACGACGGCGCCAAGGUCGACAUUUGGUCCUGCGGCGUCAUACUCUUCGUGUUGAUGGCCGGCUACCUCCCGUUCCAAGACCAAAAUAUCGUCACGAUGUACAGAAAGAUCUACAAGGGCGAUUUCAGGUGCCCGAGGUGGUUCUCGCCGGACCUCGAGCGGCUUCUACACCGCCUUCUUGACACCAAUUCCCGGACCCGGAUCACCAUCUCGGAGAUCAUGGAGAACAAGUGGUUCAAGAAAGGCUUCCGCCAUGUCCAAUUCUAUAAGGAUGACGACCAAUUACAUACCCAGGACAAUCCCCAACUCCAGACCAACGAUGAACUCCAGGGCGACGCGACAUCCGUGUGGGAAACCGACUCCGACUGCUCGGCUGUCUCCUGCUCCGCAUCAUCGUCCGCUGCGAAGCGGAUGCGGCAGAUGCCGAGGCCGCCAAGUCUCAAUGCGUUUGAUAUCAUCUCCUUCUCCAGGGGGUUUGACCUCUCAGGGUUGUUCGAAGAGGCCGGAGAGGAGACCAGGUUCCUCUCCAAGGAGCCUGUAUCAGCGAUUGUAUCAAAGUUGGAGGAGAUCGCCAAGGUGGUGAGUUUCACGGUGAGGCGAAAGGAUUGUCGAGUGAGCUUGGAAGGCACGAGAGAAGGGGAGAAGGGGCCGUUGACCAUUGCAGCAGAGAUAUUCGAGCUCACACCAUCGAUCGUGGUGGUUGAGGUGAAGAAGAAAGCAGGAGACCGAGGGGCGUACGAAGAGUUCUGCAACGAGGAGCUGAAGCCUGGGUUGCGCCAUCUCGUGUACGAGUCGGCGCACGCACUUAAAACCGCUCAUUAACAGAGACAAGAAAGAAGGUAAGAAGGUUUAUUUGAGGCCUUCAAUCUCAAAGCUUUGGUUGCGAGUUCAGCAAUUGACAGAGGAGCUGGGGAGGUGUUUUUUUCGGUCGAUGACCGGUUAAUUCUAACUUGGUGCACUAGACCGUUCUUCGUGAGCCACUUCAUGCUCGAAGCCAUUGGGGGAGCUACCGCCAGUGACCUCGUAUCCAGCUCUACAUGAUGAAGAACUACAAAAGCUUUGGGAAACUACUAAUAUUAUGAUGUUACAAUGUGUUGAUCUUUGUGGUUGUCUAUCAUGGCCUGGUGGUUUUAUUUUGAGCCAUUAGUUGAGGUCUACUUGUGAUGUUGCUGCUUGCAAGAAAACAAAGAGAUCUGUGUAGAUAUCAUUUGAAUGACAUGAAGAGUUUUUCUUGAAAG